GGCCUAUGUAGUACACCAUACACUGUGUACAUCGUCACAUACGCAUAGACGCUUGAAUUGGUUGAGCGUUAUUUAAAUUACCAUUAUCAAAGACAAACAGAUAUGCCAACUCUUGGAUAUUGGAAAACGAAAGGUUUAGCACAGCCGAUUCGAUUGCUUUUAACAUAUGCCGGGGUAGAAUUUGAAGAUGUACAAUACGAACAAGGGCCUCCGCCGGAUUUUAGCAGAGAAUCGUGGUACAGUGUAAAACCAAAGUUUGGAGAAAUUUUAUCUUUUCCCAAUCUACCGUAUUACAUAGAUGGCGAUGUUAAAAUUACCCAAAGUCACGCUAUUUUAAGACACGUAGCCCGGAAAUACAAGCUGGAUGGUGUAACGGAGAACGAAAAGGCAGUUGUAGAUAUGGUAAUAGAGGAGGCAAUGGAUCUCAGGCAUGGUAUUGUCAAAAUAACGUAUACAAGUGUGGAAAACUAUGAGAAAUGGAAACCAGAUUUCUUUAAGAAUCUCCCGCCAAAACUAAAACAGUUUGAGAAUCAUCUAGGUGUGAAUGACUGGUUUGCUGGGCGCACUAUAACAGCGGCUGAUUUUUCGAUGUAUGAAAUUCUUGAUCAACUUAGACGGAUGCAGGUAGAUUCUUUGAAUGCCUUCCCCAAGCUACAGGCUUUCCUAGAUAGGUUUGAAUCUCUGCCAAAAGUCAAGGAAUAUCUAUCACUGGACAAAGUCAAAAAUCUUCCCAUCAAUAGCAAAAUUGCAGCUUUUAAAUGACGGUUUGAAUUUACAUAUUAUCAAUUCACUUAUCACAAAAACCAUUGAAUAAAAUUUUGAAAAAAAGACGACCGUCUAUUUUAAAUUAAAGAAAGUGUCUUUCUACCAUUUAAAUCAGAUUUACACGGUGACAAAAAUGUGUUUUUACUUUAUUUUUGACUUGAUUAAUUUCGAUUAAUUUACAUGUUCACAAUGCUGCAUAUAGUGAAUAUUCAACCAAGAGGCUUAAAAUUCUCCAACCGACCACGACACUCUUGAAAAAGCUUGUUGAAACUGUACCUCGAAACUUCAUAAAGCUAUAGUCUAUAUGCCAUUCAUAAGGUAUUGUAAUUGA